CACGGCGAGGAUAAGGCAAGAUGGCGUCUGCCGGUGAAGACGUUAUUGCAGUUGUCACAGUUCAGUCUUCUUAAUCUGUGCGUCCAUGCACACAUAUAUGUCCUUUAUUACACUUUAUUAAAUAGAGUAAUAAUAACUGUUUGUAUAUUAGUCCGAGCGCACUUUGAUGCUAGCUUAGCUUGCUAGUUAGCUUAGCUUGUUAGCUGCUAACAAAGAAGUGAUGAAAACACAUCGCUAAGCAGAGAUCAAGUGUGAGUGUAAAGUGUUGUGAUUGUGUGAAAAUGUGCGAAAGAACCAUAGCAGAGUACGAGGAGGAACUUUGUCCAACAAAAGAGGAGAAGGAGCGACAACAUCAAGUUGUGUUACACACAACAGACAUCCAUCAGCUGAUUGGACACCAAGAAGAAUGUCUCCCUCAUCUGCAGGGGCACAGUUUCACUUCAGAGGAUCCACAGCCCUCACAUUUUAAAGGGGACAAGGAGGAUCCACAGCCCCCCUAUUUUAAAGAAGAAGAGGAGGGAGAGUGUGUUGUAGGGCAGGAGGAGGAUGAUGUCAUGACUGUUGUCUCUGUGAAGACUGAAGAGCAUGAAGACAAAGCACGUGAGUCCUCACAGCUUCAUCACAGUCCAAACGUCUGUGAAAAAUAUGGUCCACCUGAGCAGCAAGAGGGGUCCUCCAGUAUGGAGCAGAAGAGCUCACAGCACCUCCACGUGAAAGAAGAGGAGCCACAGCCCCCCCACUUCAUAGAGGAAGACAAGAGACACCUCAUCAGUGUGAAGAGUGAAGAUGAUGAGGUCAAAGACAUCCAUCAGCUGAUUGGACACCAAGAAGAAUGUCUCCCUCAUCUGCAGGGGGACAGAUUCACUUUAGAGGAUCCACAGCCCUCACAUUUUAAAGGGGACGAGGAGGAUCCACACAUGAAAGAGGAAGAGGAGGGAGAGUGUGUUGUAGGGCAGGAGGAGGAUGAUGUCAGCAAGUUUCCACUGACUGUUGUCUCUGUGAAGACUGAAGAGCAUGAAGACAAAGCACGUGAGUCCUCACAGCUUCAUCACAGUCCAAACGUCCAGCAGCCCCUUCACAUUAAAGAGGAAGAGGAGGAUCCACAGCCCAACCACAUUAAAAAGGAAGAGGAGGAUCCACAGCCCACCCACAUUAAAGAGGAAGAGGAUGAUCCACAGCCCACCAACAUUAAAGAGGAAGACGAGGAUCCACAGCCCACCCACAUUAAAGAGGAGGAGGAGGAUCCACAGCCCCCCCACAUGAAAGAGGAGGGAGAGUGUGUUGUAGGGCAGGAGGAGGAUGAUGUCAGCAAGUUUCCACUGACUGUUGUCUCUGUGAAGACUGAAGAGCAUGAAGACAAAGCACCUGAGUCCUCACAGAUUCAUCACAGUCCAAAUGUCCAGCAGGUGUCAGCGGGGAGUCAUGAAGAGGAGUGGCACACCAGUGUGGGACAGAAGGAGCUACAGGCCCCCUCCCACAUUAAAGAGGAGCAGCUUCAUGAUGAAGAUGAAGCUCAGUCCUUACAGCUUCAUCACAGUCAAAGUGAGGAGAACAGAGGGGCGGAGCUUGUAAGUCAACACAUCACAGAAGCUGAUGGAGAGCAUUGUGAAGAUAUAAAGUCAGAACCAGACAGCAUCUUUGCUCCACUGUCAGACAUGGACCACAUGAUGUCACACUCUUCUGAUCACAGUGACCACAUCCAAAAACCUUUGGAGAGUCAAAAUGACUCUAAAGGUGAUACGAGACAUCACACUAACAACAAACACUUUGACUGCUCUCAAUGUGGGAAAUCAUUUAGACAGAAGAGUAAUUUUAAAGUACACAUUAGAAUACAUACUGGAGAGAAACCUUUUAAUUGCUCUGUUUGUAAGAAGAGUUUCUCCACAAAGCUUAACAUGACCACACACAUGAGAACACACACUGGAGAGAAACCUUUUACUUGCUCUGUUUGUGCUAAAAGAUUCAACACUAAGAAUGAAAUGAUAUUACACAUGAGAGUACAUACUGGAGAGAAACCUUUUACUUGCUCUGUUUGUAGGAACAGUUUCUCCACAAAGCAAAGCAUGACCACACACAUGAGAACACACACUGGAAAUAAUUAUUUUACUUGCUCUGUUUGUAAGAAGAGUUUCUCCAGAAAGGAACACAUGACCACACACAUGAGAACACACACUGGUGAGAAACCUUUUACUUGCUCUGUUUGUAAAAAGAGUUUCCCCACAAAGCAUCACAUGACCAGACACAUGAGAACACACACUGGAGAGAAACCUUUUAAUUGCUCAGCUUGCUCUAAAAGAUUCAACACUAAGAAUGACAUGACCACACACAUGAGAACACACACUGGUGAGAAACCUUUUACUUGCUCUGUUUGUAAGAAGAGUUUCUCCAGAAAGCAACGCAUGACCACACACAUGAGAACACACACUGGAGAGAAACCUUUUACUUGCUCGGCUUGUGCUAAAAGAUUCAACAUUAAGAAGGAACUUAUAUUGCACAUGAGUACACACACAGGUGAGAAACCUUUUUCUUGCUCUGUUUGUAAGAAGAGUUUCUCCAGAAAGCAAAGCAUGACCACACACAUGAGAACACACACUGGAGAGAAACCUUUUCCUUGCUCAGCUUGUGCUAAAAGAUUCAACAUUAAGAAGGAAAUGAUAUUGCACAUGAGAACACACACAGGUGAGAAACCUUUUUCUUGCUCUGUUUGUAAGAAGAGUUUCUCCAGAAAGGAAUGCAUGACCAUACACAUGAGAACACACACUGGAGAGAAACCGUUUAAUUGCACUGUGUGUGAUAAGAUGUUCAGGUUUAAGAAUCAGGUGAGUAGACACAAGUGUGUAACAGUCAUGGAAGCUGCAGGGUUGUAAAAAGACUUAAACAGUGAUUGUGCUAAAUGUAGUUUAAAAACACAGCAUGUUUAAUAAGAAUGUAUAUUUGAUGUUGUAUGUAGUGCUUCUCAUCUUGUAGUCUUAUAUGUUGUCCUGUAAUUACUUUUUAACUUGUGUGCAUGUAUUGAAUAUUAUAUAUGUAGCUAGUAUCCUAUUUUAUUUUGUCAUUGUUGUAGAGAGGACAUCUUAUUUUCAUGUUUUUUUUUGUGUGUGUCAUAUAAAAUCACAAUUUUUCCAUUGCAUUUUAUUGUUUUUA